AUGAAUGGCUAUACCACGCUGGGAUAUGAGGGAUAUAGCGAGAGGAAAGACUCGGAGUGUGGUACAAUUCCUCAACAGCAACAAGCGUAUGCAAGCUACCCUCAACCUGGUUACCCACAAACGACGGUCUACCCUGGCGCAGUUUAUUCACCUUAUCAGCAUCCAGCCCAAGUUCGUUACACCACAUAUCCACAAGCGACAGUUUACACGACUCAACCACAAACUAUUAUAGUUGACGACUGCCAUCACCACCAUCAACGUCAUCGGGAGCGGGGCUCCGGGGCCGAUAUGUGCUGCAUGGCCGCUGCGAUGGCCUGUUUGUGUGCACUCUGUAUACGAUAA